AUGCCUCAGUUGCUUGGAAACAUCGAUGGGAUCAUCCAGGCCUUCACCCGUUAUGCCAAAACUGAGGGUGAUUGUACUACACUGACCCGUGGGGAGCUCAAAAAGCUCUUGGAGCAGGAGCUUGCUGAUGUCAUUGUGAAACCCCAUGAUCCUGCCACAGUAGACCAAGUCUUCCGCCUACUGGAUGAAGAUUCCAAAGGGACUGUGGAUUUUAAAGAGUUUCUUUUGUUGGUAUUUAAAGUGACACAGGCUUGCUACAAGACACUAAAUGAAAAUCCUGAAGGAGCUUGUGGAACUCAAGAGCCAGGAAGUCAGCACCCUGGGAGCACUCAGCAGAUGAGGGAUGAUCACACCAGCACAGGAAGAGUUGAGAGAGAACAAGACCAUAAAAGGAAUAGAGAAGAAGAGCGGACAUUUCCAGGACAAAAUAGAAACAACCUGACCACAGGGACUCAGACUCGGGGACAAGACUUUACUUCUACUCAAGUAUGUGGUCAGGAUAGGCAGCCUGAAACCCAGGAACAGAAGAGAGGAAUCCAGCAGAUUAGAGACAAAACUGAAGGGCAGAGACAGACUGAGACGGGUACCAGGCAGACCAGGGAACAAGGCAGGACCCAUCAGACAAAUGAGACUGUAACUGGAGGUCAGUCUCAGAUUCCCACUGGUACCACUCAGACCAGAGAACAAGGUAGGACCCAUCAGACAAGUGAUACCCUGACUGGAGGUCAAUCUCAGACUCAUACUGGUACCACUCAGACCAGAGAACAAGGCAGGACCCAUCAGACAAGUGAUACCCUGACUGGAGGUCAAUCUCAGAUUCACACUGGUACCACUCAGACCAGAGAACAAGGCAGGACCCAUCAGACAAGUGAUACCCUGACUGGAGGUCAAUCUCAGACUCACACUGGCCCCACACAGACCAGAGAACAAGGCAGGACCCAUCAGACAAGUGAUACCCUGACUGGAGGUCAAUCUCAGACUCACACUGGCCCCACACAGACCAGAGAACAAGGCAGGACCCAGCAGACAAGUGAUACCCUGACUGGAGGUCAAUCUCAGACUCACACUGGUACCACUCAAACUAGAGAACAAGGCAGGAUCCAUCAGACAAGUGAUACCCUGACUGGAGGUCAAUCUCAGACUCACACUGGUACCACACAGACCAGAGAACAAGGCAGGACCCAGCAGACAAGUGAUACCCUGACUGGAGGUCAAUCUCAGACUCACACUGGUACCACUCAAACUAGAGAACAAGGCAGGACCCAUCAGACAAGUGAUACCCUGACUGGAGGUCAAUCUCAGACUCACACUGGUACCACUCAAACUAGAGAACAAGGCAGGACCCAUCAGACAAGUGAUACCCUGACUGGAGGUCAAUCUCAGACUCACACUGGUACCACUCAAACUAGAGAACAAGGCAGGACCCAUCAGACAAGUGAUAACCUGACUGGAGGUCAAUCUCAGACUCAUACUGGUACCACUCAGACCAGAGAACAAGGCAGGACCCAUCAGACAAGUGAUACCCUGACUGGAGAUCAAUCUCAGAUUCAUAUUCAUAUUUCUCACUCUGGGAAACAGGAUCAGAGCCAUCAUAAAACUGAGUGGAUGACUGGAGGUCAGUCUCAGGUUCACCCUGGCACCUCUCAGAUAAGAGAACCAGACAGGACCCAUCAGUCUAUGACUGGAGGUCAGUCUCAGACAGGGAUCACUCAGGACAGAAACCAUGAGACAGGGUAUACUGUCGAUGAACGGUGGGAAACUGGCUAUGGCCACUCUAGAGGAACUGAGACCCCUGGCACCUCUCAGAUAAGAGAACCAGGCAGGACCCAUCAGUCUAUAACUGGAGGUCAGUCUCAGACAGGGAUCACUCAGGACAGAAGCCAUGAGACAGGGUAUACUGUCGAUGAACGGUGGGAAACUGGCUAUGGCCACACUAGAGGAACUGAGACCCCUGGCACCUCUCAGAUAAGAGAACCAGGCAGGACCCAUCAGUCUAUAACUGGAGGUCAGUCUCAGACAGGGAUCACUCAGAACAGAAGCCAUGAGACAGGGUAUACUGUCGAUGAACGGUGGGAAACUGGCUAUGGCCACUCUAGAGGAACAGAGACCCAAGGACAGGACCAGAUAACAAGAGGAACAGUGGUAGGGGGACAGACUCAGACUCAAGCAGGGGAAUGGGACCAGACCCAGGCAGGAUGUAGUCAGAGAUGGGGGCAAGAAAGGAACCAACAAACAAGAGGCCAAGGUCACAGCCAGAUGGGGAGCUCUUUGUCUGGGAGACAGGACUACAGUGGAAGUCAGACAAGUUGCAGUGUGACAGGAGGGUUACUGGAGAAUGAUGACUGCCAGACCCAAGAGCCCACUAUUGGAGGACAGGACUGGAACAGACAGCAGACAAGGGAGACAGUGGUUGAACAGCAGGAUCAGAGAAGUCUACAGACAAGCGAAUCAGAAACUCAUGGGCAGAAAACUGCUCAGCUUGGAGGAGCAAGCCAGGCUCAGGGAGGAAAGCGAGGUCUCACUGCCCAGAGCCUCUACUCCUACUUCAAAGGUAACAAGCCAUGA